CAGCUAGGAGAAUCGAAUCUACAGCACUAAGCUUGAACAGGAUUAUAUUAAACGCUUGCCGAUCUUAAAGCUACUACAACCAGUCUUCAAGAGCAACUCACCAGAAUCAUCACCAGCCAACAUGAUACACGUGGACGAAACAGAUCCUCUCGGUGACAUACCACCAGCGUUCCCGUACCGAGAGGUGGAAAUUAAGCGAGGCAUCGAUCCAAAACAGAUAUACGAGCUCAGCUCCGAGCUUGGCAGAGGAAAGUUCGGUGUCGUCUACAAAUGCAAGGAAAAGUCGACUGGCGUCCGUCUGGCGGCCAAAUUCAUCCAGAUCGUAAAGAAGGGCGACCGGCGUAACAUCGAACGCGAGGUGCACAUGAUGAACGUUCUGCACCACUCGAAGAUCGCCCAGCUGUACGCGGCGUACGAGUUCGAUCGCACGUUCUGCGUCAUGAUGGAGCUCGUGGAGGGCGGUGAGCUGUUCGAUCGUGUGCUGGACGAGAAGUUCAUACUGACCGAGCGGGCGUGUGCAAUCUUUAUGCGUCAGAUCUGCGAUGCGGUUGCGUACAUACACGGCAAUAACAUCAUUCAUCUGGACAUGAAGCCGGAGAACAUACUGUGCCUUACCGAGAGUGGGAAUCGAAUCAAGAUAAUCGAUUUCGGGCUGGCCCGUGAAUACGAUCCGGACAACAAGCUGCAGGUGCUGUUCGGUACGCCCGAGUUUGUUGCACCGGAGGUGGUCAACUUUGAGGCGAUCUCGUUCGCGACGGACAUGUGGAGCGUUGGCGUCAUUGCCUAUGUGCUUGUAUCAGGAUUAUCACCGUUUGCCGGAGAGGAUGAUAUACAGACAAUGGGAAACAUCACCAUCGGCCGGUACGACUUUCUCGACGAAGCGUUCGAUAGCGUGUCCGAGGAGGCUAUUGACUUUAUCAACCGAUGUUUGGUUAAGGAACAAAAAGAACGACUCACAGCCGAAGAUGCACUCAAACACAAGUGGAUCAAGCGGAAACCACAGUACCAUCCAACAAAUCGUCGACCGUCCCUCACUAACUUCAAACCAAUCCUGCUGGAAAGCAACAACAACAGUAGCAAUGUGACGGUAGGCGAUAAGCACAACACUGAAAUUGCCAAAGACAACCUCAAGGAGCUGGUAGGCAAAUGGGACGAAACGCCCAACAAUCGGUACGCGUUUGAGCAGGACACGGAGAACAUUAUAGCCCCGUCCGGUGAAACCGUACAGCUGCGAAGACCAACGCUACCGGAGCUGGCAGGGCUAGCGAACGGCAGCAACACGUCCGGCAGUCGGAGAGGCAGUAUAGCACGAGAUAGCGAUUCAAUGGCGUCCUCCUGUGACACCACGGCUAGCGUGUGUACGGAACCGGCCCCAUCACCCACCUCCCCACUACCACCACCAACACCGCUGACCGCUGACAGUCAGCACGCAUCACACAACCACCUGACCGAAACACGCCUGGACAAGGUACGUGACGAUUUGCGCAAACUAUCCGAUUUACUAAAGCUUUCCCUCACGAACGUGAAGGCACUGGGCGACGGAGUGGACGCUACUGCCGAGGACGCUGCGUCCGUGCUGACCUCACCGACCUCACCCGCACCUGCGCUCGAGCUGGACAGUGAGCUGGAGAGUUUGAAGUCGAAGGUUAACACAAUCCGCACGUCCCGGGCCCAGAACAAACUGAACGAGCUGGCCCAGCGGCCCGAUUUUCUUGCGAACGAAACCUUCAAGCUGCCAACGUUCCGAUUCCUGCCGAAAUCAAUCAGUCUCUGCAAUGAGGACUCGGUUUUCAAAGAGAAUUAUACCAAGUUUUGUGAUCGGAAUGCAUCUUCCCGGUUAAGUCGGGAGGAGUCGCAGGAAACGACUGUCACCGAGAAGGUAGAAACAAUUGGGCCGGUUGUGAGGAAGAAGUCAACCACAUCUUCCACGACUAAGAAGAAAAAGGACACGGACAGUGCGGCUACGACGACGACGACUACAACAACCACCACGUUCGCUAGUACUGGCUCAGGACGGAUCGCUUCGACCACGACGGUGCGGAAAACGAUCGUUAAACAGCAGAAGAUACUGGUGGACGACGCAAGUUCCACUGCACCCAUUUCUACCAUUGCCUCAACGAAAAGUUUCGAUGCGCCGGCCCCAGCGUCAGAUACUAAACUAACGCAUUCAGCUUCGAUCAAACGUACAAAGUUCCGCGUUAAUCAGCUCAGCAGUCGGGAUGUCCCGGUGGCGAUUAAUUCCGUCGCAAGGCGGUACCUCGAACGGAGCGGCAUACAGGAUGAUCUUACGACGGUAACGGUAAGAGUACCGCCCCCAACGGGCGCAAUUCAGACAACGCUAGACGACACGGUUACGGCCAACAAUAUGCGCAACAAUGCAAUACGGCUCCGUAGCUCGGUUUCGGUCGACUGGGACGCGGUCGAAAAUCGAUCAAUGAAGACGAUCAAUACCAUUCUGAAGCGACACGCUGUGGCUAGUUCGGCUGUGAAACAGAUACAGGCACAGCUGGAAGCGACCAUCACAACGCACAAGUAG